AAGACGCUACACCUCUGUAGGCUGUUAGGAAAGUGAGCAGAGUCUCCACAUGAUGGAGGCCCAAACUUCGCCCAAGGAUGAGGUGGCUGAGGCGGCGGAGCUGGAGCUUGAGGCCGUGAUCGGAUUCAAUGGACAUGUCCCCACUGGUCUAAAAUGCCAUCCUGACCAGGAGCAUCUGGUCUACCCUCUGGGUUGCACCAUCCUCAUCCAGGCAAUAAAUACUCAAGAACAGAAUUUCCUACACGGUCACAGCAACAAUGUCUCCUGUGUGGCCAUCUCCAAGAGUGGACUUUACAUUGCAUCUGGACAAGUCACAUUCAUGGGCUUUAAGGCAGAUAUCAUUUUGUGGGAUUAUAAGAAAAGGGAGCUGAUGGCUCGGCUGUCACUUCACAAGGGCAAAAUUGAAGCUCUGGCCUUUUCACCAAAUGAUAUAUACUUGGUAUCACUAGGAGGCCCAGACGAUGGAAGUGUGGUGGUCUGGAGCAUAGACAAGAGAGAGGCCAUCUGUGGCAGCCCCGCAGCCGGCCUCAAUGUCGGGAACGCCACCACAGUCAUCUUCUCCAAGUGCCGGGACGAGAUGUUUGUCACUGCUGGAAACGGGACAAUUCGAGUAUGGGAACUGGAUCUCCCAAACAGAAAGAUCUGGCCAACCGAGUGCCAAACAGGACAGAUGAAAAGAAUAGUCAUGAGCAUCUCAAUGGCCAAUGACGAUAGCUUUUUCUACCUUGGCACCACCACUGGAGAUAUUUUAAAAAUGAAUCCCAGGACAAAGCUGCUGGCAGACACAGGGCCUGCCAAGGACAAGUUCAGUCUGGGAGUAUCAGCUAUCAGUUGCCUGCACAUGGGGGGUUUGUUGGUGGGCUCUGGAGAUGGAUUGCUGGUCUUCUGUAAAAGCCCCAGCUACAAACCCAUCAAGAAAAUCCAGUUACAAGGUGGAGUCACCUCUAUCACACUUCGAGGGGAAGGACACCAGUUCUUUGUAGGAACAGAAGAAUCACACAUUUAUCGUGUCAGUUUCACUAAUUUCAAAGAGACUCUCAUCACAACUUGUCACUUUGAAUCUGUUGAGGACAUUGUCUUCCCAUUUGGCACCGCCGAGCUCUUCGCCACCUGCGCCAAGAAGGACAUUCGAGUGUGGCACACGCUGACCAACAGGGAGCUGCUGCGGAUCACUGUGCCCAACAUGACCUGCCAUGGCAUCGAUUUCAUGCGGGACGGCAAGAGCAUCAUUUCCGCGUGGGACGAUGGUAGAAUCCGAGCCUUCGCCCCGGAGACAGGCCGACUGAUGUAUGUUAUUAACAAUGCCCACAGGAUUGGCGUAACCGCCAUCGCCACCACCAGCGACUAUAAGAGGAUCAUCAGCGGCGGAGGAGAAGGGGAGGUACUGCGUCUUAGAAGGAAUCAGAUGAUCCUGGCUAACACCUUAUUCCAGUGUGUCUGUUACCACCCGGAGGAGUUCCAGAUCAUCACCAGUGGCACAGACAGAAAGAUUGCUUACUGGGAAGUGUUCGACGGCUCAGUCAUCAGAGAGUUGGACGGUUCCUUGUCCGGGGCUGUCAACGGCAUGGACAUCACAGUGGAAGGCGUGCACUUUGUCACAGGUGGAAAUGACCAUCUGGUCAAGGUUUGGGAUUACAAUGAGGGUGAAGUGACCCAUGUUGGGGUGGGACACAGUGGCAACAUCACCCGCAUCCGGAUAAGUCCAGGAAAUCAGUAUAUCGUUAGCGUGAGUGCCGACGGGGCCAUUUUGAGGUGGAAAUACCCAUUUCCCUCAUGAAGCAGCAGAGAUCUCCUGGAUUCACAGCAUCGAUUACCAUCUUGUUGAAGAAGCCUGAGACUCCUAGACUAAUCUUGCUUUCUCACAUCUGUGUUUUUGUUCUUUGACCAAAGUAUUUUAUCUACAUGUUUCUCCUUUUCUUUAUAGGAUGCAUUGCACAUUCUUGAAUUGUACAUUAAAAUUGAGAUGUGUUCAAGAA